AUGAAGAAUGAUCCCAGUGAGAGUGCGGAAGCCCUCACUGAAGAAAAGGUUGAUGUUGCUGCAGUGCGCUCACAGCACACUGAAGCUAACGAGUCAGCAGAUGAGUUCAUACUGGCUCGUGAAACGGUAGUCCGUUUUGUGCAAGACUCCAUCGCCGAAGCGGUGGAUAAGCAAAAGCAAAACGCUGACAAGAAUGGAAGGACUUAG